UAAAAUAAAUUAUUAUAAAUUAUCAUUAUACCAUCGAAACAAGUUUUGUAAGAUGAAUUUUUUCGUGGUAUAAGGAAAUAAUUUUAUAACAAAUCGAUAAUGAAAAUAGCAAUAGCACUAAAUAUUCAAGUAUAUUUUUGUAUAUUUCUCACUUUUGUGUAUACUGAAGGAAUGACUAAUAAAAAAAUAAACGCUGUUACAAUAAAUUAUCUUUUACAUCUACCCGGAUGGAAAAAUAUAAAUGAUGUCGAAUAUAUUUAUUAUCGAUGCAAACAGCAUAAACUGAACGAGCUGAUUAAUCAAACUGUAACAAGAAACGAAUGCGACAAUUUCAUCCGGCGAGCAACGAUAUUCCUUGGAUGUUCUUACGCUCAUGAUUUAAAUAUAAUGUUUUAUGUAUUAUCAAAUUUUCAAAAACAUUGUUUACAGCUAUUCUUUACUGGUAACUGGUAUCAGAAAUACAAUUGUACUGUCACACUGUUAGCAAAAAUUAAUGAAAUUGUUCCGAUGGCAAAAUUUAUGAUAGGAGCUUUAUAUGCUAUAGAAAAACAUCAUACUUUGCCGAUGGACAAACGAAAAAGAAACAGUUUUAUUUUAAGAAAAGUUCUAACAAAUCUUCAAGAAAAUGAAAAAUUAAACAAAUUUGUACCUUCCGGUAUCAGUAUUGAUACCAUCAGAGAUACAUUAUUGAGUAUCAAUGUAUUUAUACACGAUAGGAAAUGUGAUUUUGAAGAAGAUUUAUCAUAUUGCGAACUAAAAUCCUUAGAUUUGGAUUCAUUAUGGAAUUUAUGGAUUAUGGAAUUUGAUACAUUAAAAUCUCAAGGAAUAUAUGAAGAAUUAUACAUAUUACUUAGUGAUAAAAUCAAAGAUUUAAUUUUAACGACAAUCUGGAAAAAGUACAUUGAACUUGGAUUUAAAUUUGAUUUGAAUACAAGUCGGACUUUUUUACCUACUCCACCUACUAAUGAAAUUGAAGAUACCACUCAAAAUCUAAUAAAUUUGAUAGAUCAUACCAAUGAAGCAAAUAUGCUACAAAUGGUUCAACAGCAUGAUAUUUCACAAAAUCCUUCAAUAAAUUUAAUACAACAUAUAAAUGAAGUAAAUGUGAUUAAAAAUGUUCUACAAGAAUAUAUCGCACAGUACUCUUUUAUAAAUUUGAUGCAAUCUACCAAUGAAGUAAAUAAACAAGAUGGCAUUAUAAAGGAAGAUGUCUCACAAAAUCUUUCCUUAAAUUUAACACUACAAACCUUUGAAGAAAAUGUGCACGAUGAAAUUCAACAAAAUGAUAUUACACAAUAUCAUUCUAUAAAUUUAAUACAACAUACCAAUGAAGUAGAUAAACAGGAAGCGAUUCAACACGAGGAUGUUAUUUGUGAAGAAACAGAUGAUUCAAACUUACAAAUCAAAUAUACUGAUGAUACGAGACCAUUUUAUAACUUUAUUUAAGUUAAUUUUAAUGUGAUAAAUUUCUAACCUAUUCCGUUACUAUUUAAAAUAAUUGUUUUAAAUUAAUUAAUAUGAAUUAUUUUAUUAUUAAAUAUGAAAAUACAAUUGAAGAGUGAAUGUGUCAAACGUUCUAUGUGCCAAAAAAAUAUUUGUUCAGAAAACACAAAAAACAUCACAAAUUAAAAAUUUUCUUAUAAUUUUGUAUAAAAAUACAUGUUAUGCUAUAUUUACACUA